AUGCUUCCGUCCUUUCAUUCUUUCUUUCUUUCUUUCUUUCUUUCUUUCUUUCUUUCUUUCUUUCUUUCUUUCUUUCUGACACGUAUGUCUUUCUUUCUUUCUGACACGUAUGUCUUUCUUUUCUUUCUUUCUUUCUUUCUUUCUUUCUUUCUUUCUUUCUUUCUUACAUGUAUGUCAUUCUUUCUUUCUUUUACGUAUUUUUCUCGCAUGUACGUCUUUCUUUCUUUCUUUCUUUUUUUCUUUCUUUCUUACAUGUUUUUCUUUUAUUCUUUCAUUCAUUCUUUAAUGUAUGCCUUUCUUUCUUUUAUGUAUUAUUCUUUCUUUCUUUCUUUCUUUCUUUCUUUCUUUCUUUAUUGCAUGUAUUUUUCCUUACAUAUCUUUUUUCUUUAUUUCAUGUAUUUUUCUUUCUCUCAUAGCCUUUUUCCUUUCUUUCUUUCUUUCUUUCUUUCCUUCUUUCUUUCUUUCUUUCUUUCUUUCUUUCUUUCUUCAUGUAUUUCUUUCUUUCUUUCUUUCUUGUAUUUUUCUUUCUCUCAUGCAUGUCUUUCUUUCGCUUGUACAUUUUAUCCUUUUCGUUUCAGCUACGUUCUUCAUAUUUAUUUUUCUUUUUUGUACAUUUUUUCAUUCUUUUUUUCUUCCAGUCAUUUUUUUCCUGUCUCUACUCGUCCUUUUAAUUCUAACUGUCCAUUAUUAAUCUUUCUUUCUUUCUUUCCUUCUUUCUUUCUUUCUUUCUUUCUUUCUUCAAUAAAUUUAAUUCCUUCAGCAACCAAUCUAAAUCCUUUCCCCCCAAAUUCCAUCUUACCAGAUCUUUAA